AGGUCCUCGUCGUUGUUAUCUUCCCACCCUAUCAUAUUCAUAGAUUGAUACCCGAAGAAGUAUUACAGUAAACUUCUAACGCGGCCACGCGGCACAGCUGCAGAAGCAGGUGCCUUGUCGCGCUUGGUCAAGAAUAUUUCUAGUUCGUACUUGAGUCGACUCUUGCUACCACGGGCGCGACAUUUUUACCCUAACUGCGUUAUUAAGUAUACCCAUCCACCAUGUCCUCCAAACAAGUUCCCAAAAAGUUCGCUCCGCCCGCUCGCGAGUCACUCGACGCGCAGGUUGAGGUCUCACCCGGGAAGGAGAAGCACGAUGAUGAUUUUCCCGCAACAUCCACCACUCCCUCCACCGGCACCGCCACUUCCGCUGGUACAUCAAAAAAUCUCAACCACAGCGGCGUGCAACCCGGCCCUACCGCCAGAGCCUCCAGCAGCCGCGGGCCCGGAGGUGGAGUUCUUGCGGGAACUACAACUUCUAGCGCAAAGGAUGCGAAGGACAACAACCGACGGAGGCUGCUGAAUCUCAUCUCCGACAUCAAGCUGAAACUAAGCCAAGUCGAGGGUUUUUCCGGGGAGCAGAUGCCGCUCACCUAUCCUGAGCAAAAACGGCCCCGCCCCAGAGUCAAGAUGGUGAUUUUGCAACACAAACUUGAAAGUUUUGGGAGUCACGCAUGACAAGUUGCAGGCUGGAGUGUAGCGCGGUCUAGCAAGGAGAGUCACAUAGCAAAUUCAAUUUCUUAUCCUGUUUACAGCAUUACAAGUUCCAAAACAGGAUUGAAAAUGCCUCUCAUGCGGAUGCGCACUACAAAUGCUCCUGCUGUUCUUGCAAAUCUGCAUGACAGGGAUGUUUUUGCUCAGGAUAUCACCCAAUUUGUCAUCUGCGGGGGCCAGUCCGCCGGGAAAUCCCGGCUCAUCGAAGCCCUCGCCGGCGCGAGCUUCAACUUCGUCUGUGGCACCCUCGGCUCUCGCCGGCCCACCGUCGUGGACUUUCGCUGUGACAAAACGCUGGAAAAGGAAGGCCCGCGGUGGUACUUCUCCAGGUCCGCGCGGUCGCAACGGGCGUCCGUGGAGGCUGCGGCGAGCGGGAGAAACUCCACCGGACCCUCCACCGGGUGGAUACGACUGCAAUUACCGGAAAUGCAGUCGCGCAUCGCGGCUGCGCACGAGGAGUUGGGCAACGAUGUGUCGUCCGACCCGGUGUACGUCCGGUUGGAAUCCCCCGACUGCGUAGAAAUGCAGGUGGUGGACCUCCCGGGGUUCCGGGAAUUCUCCGACAACGCGGAGAAACAGGUUUUGGCGGACAAAAUUGACAGACUCGUGACCGGUUUCAUGACCGACCAAAGGUCCAUCAUGCUCUGCGUCGAGCCCGCGGGGGAUGCAGCGAACUUGAAGACGUUGGGCAGGUGCAAAAAAGUGGAUCCGCACUUCGAACGGACGAUUCUGAUCAGGACGAAAUUGGACAAGUUUUAUCCGGAUCUCUCGCCCUUGAACGUCUCGACGUGGUUUGAGGGGUUCGGGGAUCUCCCGAAAGCCAUGCCGAAGUUCGCGCUGUCGCUGCCAUUUUGGCCGGAGGAUGGAUCGCCCUCGAAACGACCGGAUUUUUUGAAACUGAGGACACAGUCGUGCGAAAGAGGUACUUAAAUUUAUUUGCUAUUGCCGCGCUUUACUACUGCUAAAGGACGAGUCUAUUUUUUUGAUACGUAUCCACUUUUCUUCAUGACAGUUGCGAUCGUGGUCCAUGUUGAGUACGUAGUAAUAAAUUGUGAAGAUGGUUCUUACAACUGCUGCUGAUGUCUUCUUCACAGUAAACCAACAACAUCAUCAGAUCUCUCCACCUGUAUCGAGGAACUUGGCCUCAAGCCCGAGCUUCACCGCUACUGUGGAUUCGAGAAUAUGGCCCAUUCCCUCGAGAACAUCAUCGAGAAGCGGUUUUCUAGCGAAAUCACCGGCAUACUCGACCUCCUUGAGCAGCGCGAGCAGGAGGUCGAUGAGGCGCGGGCGGUUUUGGCCCGGGAGUUGCAAACCUCCAAUUCAGAUGAUUUUUUAAAAAUCAUCCGCGGCACGGGCGCGACCUACGCGCGGGCCCUGUGCGACAUCAUGCACGGAUCCCUGCAUUCCCACGUGGGAAGGAUGACGUUGGCAGAGGAGCUCAUCCAGUUUGAAAAGUGGUCCAAACUGCAGGGGAACGUCCCAAGCGAAUACGAUUGCAUCCCGUCCGACGACUUCGCAGAUUUAAACGAGUACAUCGACUACCUUGGAUCCACAGGCCGCUGCCCCGGAUUCGCGGCGGAAAUCAACGGGGGUGCGCAGUUCAUGCGCUUGCUGUACGAGAUUGAGGUCUAUUUCCGCUUUUUAGACAUUCAGCACAACGUGACCGAUAUGGAAGCGUCACUCAGGAUUGAAAUCGUCAAAGUUGAAAAUGAAAUAGUUUGUGAUGCAUAAAAUCGAUACCAGUUGUGUUGGAAGCCCAAUUGUCAAGCGGUGCCUGACAAAUUUCCCGAGCACCGGAAUCCAAUUUGUCAUGCUGUUUGGGCACAGACGACUGCUUUUGUGAUGCUACUUUAGCAGCUCUAUUUCAAACCCGAAACGGGCUGACACUCGGCCUCACUUGCCAUCCCGGCAAGACAGGAAUUUCAUGCCUUGCAUUUUAUGCAUGGCAAACCAUUUCAACUUUGUCAAUUUCAAACCUGACGCUCCGAUAACCGAGCGGGAAAUCAUCCAAUCCCGGGGUGUCGGGACAACCGAAAUCGCGUGGAUCGAUUCCAUCGUGAAGCUGAUGCGGAUGCACGGCCCGAUGCGGACGAAGAGGGCCACGAACUACGUGGCGGAGCGGUUGAAGUGGUUUUUCGGCCUGCAAAAGGAGGCGGUGUUGGAGUUCAUGCUCGGGGUAAAGAACAGCUGCGACGGGCACUUGUACAGCAAAUUGCUGUUCGAAAAGGCGCAACUGAUCGACGGCAAUCCGACCGUGAAGAAAUUGAUUUUCGAUCGGUACGAUGCCGCGGUGGAACGACAUUCUACCAUGUUCCAUUCGCUCGUUACCAGGACGAUCGACAGUAUUGAACUUCAUUUCAGAAAGUUGAAGUACAACUUCAAUCGCUUCAUUGAUGAUGUUUUGCAUUCGCACGACACUUCCUCGCAGCUUCUGUCAUGCGGAAUUUCACGUUAUAAUUUGUCAAACAUUUUCUCAGGUAUGCUGCAAAAGCCGUCAGUGAUGCUAAAAGGCUCCUCGAUGCCCGGGAUAAGCAAGGAAGACGACCUGGGGGAUAUGAUGAUUCCUACGAAGGCGGAUACGAUUCACAGGAUACGAAGAGAAUUCUCGGACCGAGGAAAGCUGGACAUGUACUUGAAGCACUUGGUAGCGAGCAUACCGGUAUAGAAUUCUUAGUACUUCUUGUACUUUGGCUUUUGAGGUUGUAUUAUCGCUUUCAACUUGGUCAGCGUCAGGAACAGGAUCAUCGGAAUGAACUUUUUGUUUUUUCUCGAUAGGCAUGCUAUGCUAUAGCCAUUGUUCCCUAUUGCUAUUACAAACAAAAUUCGAAUUGCAACAACGAGAAAUGUUCCACGAUCAAAACUACCGUAUUCUCCUUCUACAGGACAACCAACUGGCCGGUUCGGAAGUGGUUGAGAAGGUGACUUCCAUCCUCGUGACGACUUUUGCCUUUGUCCGUUCCUUCAUGGCAGAUGAGCUCGAACUGUUCGCGGUUUCGUUCUACCAGCUGCCGAUGCUGCGGCGGCUCGAGGCCGACAUGCACGAAAUUGUGUUGGACGAAGAGUCCAGGACGCAGGCGGCGCUGCGAAAAGACGAGUUAGAGCGGGAGAUGAAGAACCUAGACAACACCUUGGUCACGCUCCGGGAGUGCAUCUUGAAGAUUAAAACCUUCAGGAGGUGCUGUGUGUGAGCGUUCUGAGACGAGGACGAGGAGCCUUGUCUUCUCAGUAGCUUUUGUUGUCCUCGCAACGCGUUGGAUCGAGUAGACGAAAGCUUGUUUGCACUACUUUCUCAUGGACUUUUUCCCGACGUCAUUUUACCUAUUGAUGGUAAGGUCUGCGUUGUGCAAGUGCAAGAAGAAUAACAAAUUGAAGCUGAGUAAAUUGCGAGCUAAUGUAUCAGCUGCCGGGAACGAUUCCGGUUGCGUUACAAUGGGAAUCACAGUGCCGAUCAAACCUGUUCUUUGAAGUUCCACCAGAGCAGAAAAAACGACAAGAUCUUGC